AUGUCCCAGGACACUGUCUUCCGCGUCGUGGGAGUCCCUGCCCCACUCACCAUAGCCGAGCUGCAAACUGCCUUCUGCGAGGAAUUUGGUGACCAGGCCACCAUCGACCUCAAGAAAUCAACACUAUGUCCCUCCUGCUUCAGCGACGGUACCCAAGUCGCGUUGGUUCAAUUCACCUCAGAGCCGCCGAAAGAGCUCGGCACGCUCAAGGCUGGCCAGCCCUAUGAGAUGGAGCUCGAAGACGGCGAUAUUAGUCUUGACAAGGACUUCUUUGGCCUGACGCAGCUGUACCCCACAAGUGGACCCAUAGUGGCAGAUGUGGUAGCGGUGUGUGGGCUCAAUCGCCAUGCGUACGGAUCCUGGAGGGGCAGGGGGAAGCUGCGCCGGAUGUGGCUACGGCAUUAUUUCUCUCAGGAUAUCCCAAACUACAGGACGAUGAUCUAUGGGUAUAAUUCGAACCUCACAGCGCAUGCCAUCCAUACGACACAGGACUAUUCGAAAGGGUUUUUAGAAGAACUGAUAAAGGCGAGAAAGACAGAGCAGGAGAAGAGAAGACCGUUGAUAUUUAUUGGGCACGGUUUCGGUGGUGUCAUAAUCGUUCAGUCACUCGUGCGCGCCAAGGAAAGCGAACCGAGCAGCGAUCAAAGCCACAUUUUCCCCUCGACCUACGCCACCAUCUUCUUUGGUACACCUCACCGUGGCCUUGUCGUCGAUGACAUCCGCGCCUCACUCGAGGAAGAGUCAUCACGCCACGCACUGCUCGAUUCUAUCGAGAAAGGGGCCGGCCUUCUCGAAGCCGAAUUAUCUCGCUUUAUCGAUUACUGCUCUGACAUCAGGAUCGUCAACUUCUAUGAGACUGGGCAGACGCGAAAGCUCGUGCGGGACGCAAACGGUAAAUUAUCGAGAUCCGGCGAUUAUUUCACUGCCGUCGAGAGCCAAUCUGCGGUUCUGCAGCUCCCACGCAAGAUUGCAGAGUCAUUACCUGCGGAGGGAGACCACUCGACGAUGGUCAAGUUCUCGAACAAAACCACGUCAAAUUCGUAUACUAGUGUGCUCAAGCACCUAAGGAACCUUGCAACGGCGAAUGGAGGCAAUCGUUUUCUCACAGCAUACGCUGCAGUUCUUGGCAAGGAUGCCGAAGCUUUGAGACAUAUUCUUAUAGCUCGGCCGGCCGUGGUGAAUGAAAAACAGAAAAAUGGUACGACGACGUUGCUUCAUCUCGCUGUUGAAGAUGGUGGAGAUGAAGAGGUGAUCACCACAUUAUUAGAGCAUCAAGCUAUCCUUGAUUCUGUCGAUGCAAAAGGAAAGACGCCUCUGUAUUUGGCGGCUAGUAAAGGUUACGCGGGGGUGGUUGAAACCCUGGUAAAGAAUGGCGCCGAUGUAAAUGCCGUCUGGGAAGGUAUGACGGCACUCCACAUCGCCACCAUCGGUGGUCACAAGGAUGUGAUUCUUCAAAUUCUUCAUCUGGAGGCCGAUAAGGAAGCGUCUGUCGAUGAUGAUGAUGGAUUCACGGCCUUACAUCUUGCAGCCCGGAGCGGAAACAUUGAGCUUGUAAGCACACUACUGGCCUGGGGGACAAAUAUAGAAGCGAACGGAAAAGACGAAGACACACCGCUGCAUUGUGCAGCCUGGGGUGGCCAUGAGACCAUCAUCGAGUUUCUCAUACAACACUCGGCGGAUAUCACCCAAAGAGGAAUAAACGGCGACACCGCGCUCCACUUUGCAGCCUGCCAAGGACAUCUGGCAGCGAUGGAGAUGCUCAUAGGUAAAGGAGCAGACAUCCAUGCAUGUAAUAGCUCUGGCCAUACAGUGCUCCAUGUUGCCGCCGGCAUAGGCUUUGUAGUGGCGGUGAGGUUGCUUCUACUCCAUGAACCUAAUUUAAGCGCGGUUGACGACGAUUUAAAUACCCCACUUCACUUUGCGGCGCAGAAUGGACAUGGUGGGGUAGUCGAGCUUCUCCUAGAAAAGAAUAGGACUAUCACUGAGAAAACUCAUAUUAAUGGGUAUACUGCGCUGCACUCCGCAGCCUGGGGUGGUCAUACAGAUGUUGUGAAAAUCCUACUACGGCAUGGUGCUAAGACGGAGGCGAAAGAGAGGGUGAAUUAG